AUGGGGACAGAGUGCAGUCGGCGGGGGUCCCUGGCGCUCACCCUCAACAUUGUAGCAUUUACGUGUGCCCUGUCAGCAGUGACCACUAGCUUCUGGUGUGAGGGGACCAGGAAGGUGGUCAAGCCUUUCUGCACGGGGCCGGUGACGACCAGGCAGUCGUACUGCAUUCGCUUCAACAGCAGUAACAUCAAUGACAGCAGGCUGGUGCAGUACAUCUGGGAGUCGGGAGAAGAGAAGUUCCUGAUGAGGAAGUUCCACACCGGCAUCUUCUUCUCCUGUGAGCAGGCUGCUGACAUGAAUGGGGUCCUGUGGCUGUGCAUCACAGCUGAGUGUCUCUACCUCAUCCUGCUGUUCAUGGGUGGUGUACUCAUGUGGUUAGAGCUGUGUCCUUGCCUCAGCGUCAUGAACAAGCUGAAGCUCAACGCCUUUGCUGCCAUGUUCACCGCCCUGUCAGGCCUUUUGGGGAUGGUUGCCCACAUGAUGUUCACCACGGCCUUUCAGCUGGCUGUGGCUAUGGGUCCGGAGGACUGGAGGCCCAAGACCUGGGACUACAGCUGGUCCUACAUCUUAGCAUGGGGCUCCUUCGCCACCUGCAUGGCUUCUGCGGUGACAGCACUGAACAGGUACACCAAGACCAUCGUAGAGUUCAAGUACAAGCGGCGGAACAUUGAGAAGAACCUGAGGACCAAGCAAAAGCUGCUGGAGAUGGACCUGCCAGAGCAGAUGUGGGACAUGUACCUGACGGCUGUGCCUGCAAGGGGACCUCCCUCCCCUCUGGACCUCCCUGUCAAUGGGCACAAACCCUCCACUGGAGCAGCCUAUGUAAUGGGCCUGGACAGCAUGACAGAACCACAGGGAGAGGCCUACUGCUAAGACAGUGGUCACCAGCCCUGGGCCUGCAGGGCCCCAUUCCAAUACUGUUAGAAAGUACCUUCCAUCCUCCCUUCAUUGAGGUUAUGACUGCUCCAACAUGAUUGGAUAUGUUCCAAUUCAAAACACAAAGGGGAGGAAGAAAGGAUCCAUUUUCACAAUAUCAGAACAGGGCCUAGGAGAUCUAUAAGGCUUUACAGGACCAGGCUUGGUGACCUCUUAAUUAAAAUGACCAUAAAUUGGCUCUCAUAUACAGGAUCCCAUACAUACUGGACUAUAUAAGGCAUAAGGGAUCCCAUUGAGAAGAUCAUUACUAACAUUAUGGCCAAAGGAACAUGGAGCUGACUGAAUAAACAACACUUGUCCCCAAAUUCCUCCUGUAUGUUUCUAGAUCCAAGGCCAUGACUAUUGUUAUCAUUACUGUUAUUCUGGAGCAGAUGGUAAAGCUGUUUUUACAAGCUAUGUUAGUAGUUUUGUUGCCACAUUCGGCAUGGGGCUGCAAAUAUCAGCCAAGUCUAGUUGCCAUAUGGAUGCUUGGUGUACAGACGGCUAUUUCCAACACGUACAGUAGGUUACAAUAUGGUGCUUAUGUUUAUAUGUGCUGUAUGUAAGUUUGUGUUUGAGAGAAAGUUGGAUCUUAAUAUUUGCUUCAGAAUGUAAUGAAGAAAAAGCAGCACCCAUAAACAUACACAGGAAAUGUAUUGAACACAAACUUUGUCAGAAAUUAAGGACAAUAUAGACUGUGAAUCUGUCUAUGAUUCUUGGUAAUAUUGAGGAAAUGGGUUUAAAUGCCCCUCAUAACUAGGGAAUAUUUAAAAGAAAACCAACUGCAAACGACUACAGACUGAAUGGAUCAAUGCAGGACUCUACUAAAUAUUUCAAGUAUUUGCCCAUGCAGCUGCCUUGAAUUGUCUUG